CCCCACUUAGUGGUUUAAAGCAUUUUUGUUCGCUAUAAUCACCAUCCCCAAUUCAACCCUGUCUGUGUCUAGGGCUUGAGCUCCAUUCAAAAAAUGGCAGCUGUUUACAGCUUCUACAUCAUCAACAAAUCAGGAGGCCUCAUCUUCUAUAAGGAUUACGGCUCUGCGGGACGAAUGGAUACGAAUGAUAGCUUGAGAUUGGCGAGUUUAUGGCAUUCAAUGCACGCUAUCUCUCAACAGCUAUCGCCUAUCAUGGGAUGUUCAGGGAUCGAGCUUCUCGAAGCUGACAAUUUCGAUCUCCAUUGCUUCCAAUCUCUUACUGGGACAAAAUUUUUUGUCGUCUGUGAGCCAGGAACACAACAUAUGGACGGCCUCUUGAAACAUAUCUAUGAACUGUACACAGAUUAUGUUUUAAAGAACCCCUUUUAUGAAAUGGAGAUGCCAAUCCGAUGUGAGCUCUUUGAUAUAAACCUGGGACAGGCAGUUCAGAAGGAUCGUGUCGCCUUGUUGGGGCGAUGACACUUACCUUGAAGCCUUUAUUGGACUAAAGUUUCAUAUGUCUGUUUUUGUUCAUCUUAAGGAAACUAUCUCAACUUCUAGUUUGUUCUAACCAGUUCAGUUUGAUGUAUGCUACUUUGUUUGGAUUGGGUCCAUAUGUUAUGAUAUAUAGCUGAAGUAUGUAGACGGAGAUUUUUAUGAUUUUGUCACUGAGGGGGAAAGAAAUUAAAUAGAAAGAAGUAACUUCUGUUAUAUGUUAUCGACUCUUAUCAUUGAAGAAUCUGACAAUGAUUCAAAAAAUAACAGUAUUUAUUGUUCUCCUCCAUCUUA